AGGGGAGUUAUCGAUUUUGAUCUGAUUAAUCUAUUUUUAUCCUGCAAUAUUUGAUAAAAUAGACGAUGUACAACGCUUAGCUAGCAGACGACACGACGAAUCCAGCUCAGCAGCAAGCUAACGUUCCCCAAGGUACGCUCGACAACCACGCCCUCUGGUGGCGGUGAUGGGAGAUCCAACAUGGCGACUGGAUGGAAAACAGAUAUACACUCGAACGUGAAAUUUAAAGAUACCGGCAUUCAAGAUGAUUCUUCAGAGAGUGAAAUUGAAACAGAACCUGCGAAAGUGUUCCAUCGGCGUAUUUCUACAAACAAAGAGAUUAAGACCGCCACUGGUGCAUGCAAGGUGGCGUCUACCAAAGAAGGCUACCUCAUGAAACAAACCAAUUUUCAGAGAUGGAAAAGACGAUAUUUCAAGUUGAAGGGGAGGCGACUCUACUAUGCAAAAGAUACCAAGUCUGUGAUCUACGAUGAAAUAGAAUUGACAGACCUGAGUGUAGCAGAAUGCAGUACAAAAAAUAUCAACCACAGCUUUCAGGGGAACUGUUCCUUCAUGGUGAUAACACCGUUCAGGUCGCUGGUGCUGUGUACAGAGAGUCGACGGGAGAUGGAAGACUGGAUCUCCGCAUUGAAAACCGCCGCCAACAAGGAGUUCUACGAUGUGAGAGGCAAUGCCAGCCAGCGGGAAAUGAUGUCCGGUCAGCACAACUGGUAUGCCUGCUCACACGCUAGGCCAACCUACUGCAAUGUUUGUCGUGAGGCACUGUCCGGAGUUACCUCCCAUGGACUAUCAUGUGAAGUGUGCAAGUUCAAGGCUCAUAAACGGUGUGCGGUGAAGGCCGCAGCCAACUGUAAGUGGGCAACCUUGGCAGCUAUAGGCAAAGACAUCAUCGAAGACGAGGAUGGGAUUGCCAUGCCACACCAGUGGCUGGAAGGAAAUCUCCCUGUUAGUGCUAAAUGUAAUGUGUGUGAAAAAACGUGUGGCAGUGUGCUCAAAAUACAAGACUGGCGAUGCCUGUGGUGUAAGGCCAUGGUCCACACAGGGUGUAGGGAGUAUUUCCAGUCCCAUUGUCCAUUGGGCCAGUGCAAAGUGUCCAUACUACCUCCAAUAGCCAUCAACAAUAUAGACUCGGACGGGUACUGGGAGGCGACACGACCACCAGGAACCUCUCCUCUCCUUGUGUUCGUUAACACAAAGUCAGGCGACAAUCAGGGAGUGAAGUUUUUACGACGGUUUAAGCAGCUAUUAAAUCCCGCUCAGGUGUUUGAUCUCAUGAAUGGAGGACCUCAUCCAGGAUUAAGACUAUUCCAAAAAUUUGACCAGUUCCGAAUCUUGGUGUGUGGAGGUGAUGGAAGUGUAGGCUGGGUGCUGUCUGAGAUAGAUAAACUAGAUCUACAUAGACAGUGUCAGGUCGGGGUGCUACCAUUCGGGACAGGUAAUGACUUGGCUCGAGUGCUGGGGUGGGGAGCUACAUUUGAAGCGGAUACACAACUGACUGUGAUAUUGGAAAAACUGGAACAUUCACAAAUCAAGAUGCUGGAUAGGUGGAGUAUAUGGACAUACGAGGGUACCAUGCCUCCACCAAGGAAACUGUCUCAACAGUUUGAUCCUAUAUCUGUGUAUGAAGACUCGGUCGCCAAUCACCUUUCCAAGAUUCUACAUUCCGAAGAUCAUUCUGUUGUUAUUUCCUCAGCAAAAGUGUUAUGUGAAACUGUUAAAGAUUUUGUGGCCAAAGUUGGAGAGUCUUAUGAGUGCAACGUAUUGAAUGAGAAAUUAGAUAGUUUGCUCAUCACUUUAAAAGAGGAAGCUCAAGCAUCUACAGCUACAUCUCAGGUACAGAUUCACCACGAGGACCCAGAUCUAUUGAUAGGAUCUCCGGACCAUGAUGUGGUACCAGGAGAAAUUAACGUGCCUCCCAAAACAAAAUCUGCAAUUUUCAAACCCAGAGAUGCCUUGAUGUCCCGGGCUAAUAGCCUAAAGAAGGCGAUACGACAGAUAAUAGAACACACAGAAAGAGCUGUGGACGAACAAAAUGCACAGACGGAACAACAGCUCGGCUUGAUUCAUGAGUCACGGUCGAUUGGUAGCACGGAGCAUCUCAACGUGGACUCGGGGGGUCGGGGCUUAGUGGCAGACACAGAGACAUCACAUUCUGCUCCGACGUUCUCAAUCUUUACCUCUGAGGUGGCUCCUGUCUCCCCGCUCCUCAGUCCUCGCAAUCUUGAUGGUCAGAGAUCGCCGAAGAUUGAGGAGCCGACAACGUCGCGCCGAAUCAGCAGCAUGAGUACGUUUAACCGUACCUCAAGUUUAGGGUCUAAUCUGUCCCAGACCCGCGAGAAAAGUCCCAACAAAGAGAGCAUUCCAGUCCCAGUGAUGGGCUUCCCCUUCUGUGAUUAUAGUGUACUUCCAAGUUUAAGCAGUAGUAUUGCCGGGAAGCUCGCGGGUGGCAGUUUCAUCAGUAAGGUAUUGCUGGCCAAUGCUGACGCCUUGUGUGCCGCAGCCUCCCCUCUUAUGGAGGAGGAUAUUCCUCCAGAGGAGUACAUGGAGCGGUGUGUGAUGAACAACUAUUUUGGUAUAGGUCUUGAUGCCAAGAUUACACUUGACUUCCAAAACAAACGGGAAGUCCACCCUGAAAAGUGCAGGAGUCGAACAAAAAAUAUGAUGUGGUACGGGGUACUAGGCGGUAAAGAAAUCCUACAGCGGACCUUUAAGAAUCUUGACCAGCGUGUCCAGUUAGAAUGUGACGGUCAGCGGAUACCACUUCCCUCCCUGCAGGGCAUCGUCAUCCUCAACAUUCCAAGUUACGGCGGAGGAUCCAACUUUUGGGGAGGCACCAAAGAAGACGAUACAUUCCAAGCCCCAAGCUUUGAUGAUAAGAUACUGGAAGUGGUGGCUGUAUUUGGUUCGAUGCAGAUGGCCAUGUCUCGGGUUCUUGAUAUACAGCAGCAUCGGAUAGCACAGUGUCGGAAAGUAAAGAUCACGAUCAUGGGAGACGAGGCAGUCCCAGUACAGGUCGACGGGGAGGCCUGGAUGCAACCACCAGGCUACAUCCGCAUCGUCCAUAAAAAUCGUGCUCAGAUGCUGACAAGAGACAGGGCCUUUGAGAGUAUCCUGAAGUCGUGGUCGGAGAAACAGAAAAUGGAACGGAUGACCAGUGUCUCGCCUAUAGCACUGUCUGAAGAGGAGUCGGUGGUUCUCCAGAACUUUGUGGACGUGGCUUCAGCUCUCAUUAGAUGUGUGAAGGUGGCUGCCUUAAACUACAGCACAGUGGAGCAGGAGUUAUUCCCCUUGGCAACUCGGGCGUCCGAGUACAUGGAUAGACUCUACCCCUCUGGCAGACUGGCUGAGCUGGACACUGCGGACUCCGACUCCUACCAGCCAACGUUACGGAGCCAAGUGAUUGAUUUUGUCCGAAGUGUCCAGAACCUUUACAACGAGGCCAAUAUAUUCCUCACGGACAAGGCCCCUGUGUUGAGACUGCAGCCCGAGUUGAUGGACCGAUUGAGUGUAGCGCUGGCCCAGCUGGAGACGGAGCUGCAGAAGAUGAACCGCAUGUGUGGAAUCUCGACUUCUGUAUCUCGCGCCGUGUCGCAGGAGGAGGUCAGCAGCUCCUCCAUCCUAGAGAUCCCUGUGCAGCCGGUCGAGCCCAAAAGGAAGCCAGGGAAACUGAAGCAAGUGUACAGUAAACUGAAGGGCAAAGGUCGCGACAAGGACAAAGACAGCAAAGGCUUUCAUUUACCCUAUCACGUACAGACAUGGACAUUAGAUGAGGUGGCCAUGUGGUUGGAGAACCUGUCCCUAGCAGAAUACAAGGACUCUUUUAUCAGCCAUGAAAUACGGGGCGAGGAGCUUCUUUCUCUGGACAAGGGUGACAUACAGGACCUUGGUGUGUCUAAGGUAGGCCAUGUGAAGAGGAUACAGCAGGGAAUCAAGGAACUGAACAGUAGACAGCUAACGUGCAUAAAGGACGCCUCAUGACAGCAAUACAAGCCAUUCCCUUCC